AUGAAUUGCCUCCCAACACUGACCAUGACUGACAGCGACAGCAAUAGUGCGUUACCUUCAUUGACCAUUUCCCGAGCCACGCCCGACUCCGAUACAGACUCUUUCGACUCGGGAUCGGACGAUGUCAUUUCCACUUCGAGUGAUGAGACGUACAACCCGUCCGAGAGGCCCAGUGACCGAGCCUUUAUUGCGACCGAGGACGAAACCGAUACCGCCACAGACGAAGAUGAGCAGCGGAAUACGCACGAGAAUUAG